UGGACGGAGUCGCGCGGUCAGUCGCUCCGUUUCGCUCUCCGCCGCUGAGCGCGCGCGUCCGUUCGGGCUCCUCGCACCGGCGGAAUCGGGAAUGGGACGAUAAGCGAAACCCAGCGGGACGUGCUGCUUAUUAUUGCCUUUUAAUCGCAAAGGCUCGAAUCGCGAACAUCGACUCAGGGAACUGGGAAGGAUUUUCGAGCGCGCGUGUUUCAGGGUCACUCAGUGUUUCAAUGGCAGGAGCACAGCCCGGAGUUCACGCGCUGCAGCUCAAACCCGUCUCCGUGCCGGAGAGCCUGAGGAAAGGCAGCAAAUUCAUGAAGUGGGACGAUGAUUCAACUGCUGUGACCCCAGUGACAUUGCGUGUUGAUCCACAGGGCUACUUCCUGUACUGGAUAGAUCAAAACAAGGAAACUGACCUUUUGGAUAUUGCAUAUAUCAAGGAUGCAAGGUGUGGGAAAUACUCAAGAAUGCCAAAGGAUGCAAAGUUACGAGAGCUGCUCGACAUGGGAAAUAUGGUUGGGCGGAUAGAGAACAAAAUGCUGACGGUGGUGAGCGGGCCGGAUAUGGUCAACAUAACCUACCUGAACUUCAUGGCCUUCCAAGAGGAUGUUGCUAAGGAGUGGGCAGAGGAGCUGUUUGAUCUAGCGUCCAACCUGCUGGCCCAGAACAUGUCCAGGGAAUCGUGCCUGGAGAAAGUGUACACGAAACUCAAACUCCAGCUCAAUCCAGAAGGUCGUAUUCCUGUGAAGAACAUCUUCAGGAUGUUUUCUGCUGACAGAAAGCGUGUGGAGACAGCUCUGGAGAACUGCAAUCUUCCUUCAGGCAGGAAUGAUUUGAUUCCUAAGGAAGACUUCACCUUAGAGUUAUAUAAAAUUUUUCUCAGUAAUAUCUGUCCACGACCCGAAAUUGACACCAUCUUUUCAGAAAUUGGGGCAAAGAGCCGGCCAUAUCUGACUGUCGAACAGCUGACCGACUUCAUAAACAACAAGCAGCGAGACCCUCGGCUCAACGAGAUCCUCUACCCACCACUGAAGACCGAGCAAGUAGAGCUGCUCAUCGAGAAGUAUGAACCCAACGUUAGCAUGGCCCAAAAAGGACAAAUAUCGGUCGAAGGGUUCACCCGUUAUCUCAGUGGUGACGAAAAUAGUGUUGUACCCCCGGAAAAAUUGGACCAGAAUGAAGACAUGGCCCUGCCUCUGUCCCAUUACUUCAUCAACUCGUCCCACAACACCUACCUCUCAGCGGGCCAGCUGGCAGGGAACUCCUCGGUGGAGAUGUACCGUCAGGUGCUGCUCUCAGGCUGUCGCUGCGUGGAGCUAGACUGCUGGAAGGGCCGCGCCACCGACGAGGAGCCUGUCAUCACGCACGGAUUCACCAUGACAACCGAGAUAUCCUUCAAGGAAGUGAUUGAGGCCAUUGCUGAGUGUGCAUUCAAAACGUCCCCUUAUCCUGUCAUCCUGUCCUUUGAAAAUCACGUGGACUCCCCAAAGCAGCAAGCCAAGAUGGCCGAAUAUUGCAGAUCAAUAUUUGGUGAUGCAUUACUAACAGAGCCACUUGAGAAAUAUCCUCUGGAGCCAGGAAUGCCCCUUCCCAGUCCACAGGAGCUGAUGGGCAAAAUCCUCAUCAAGAACAAGAAAAACUCCCCUAAGUCACCUGAAGACAACACCAAGAAAAAGUUGUCUGACCAGGCCUGCAGCACACUCACUGAUUCCUCGGGUGUCUUAGAGCCUUCACCCAACCCAGAAGUGGAGGCAGAGAGUGAAGACGAGGAAGAUGACGAUGAUGAUGGGAAGAAGUCAUCAAUGGAUGAGGGGACUGCAGGAAGUGAAGCUUUUGCCACAGAAGAAAUGUCCAACCUGGUUAACUAUAUCCAGCCUGUCAAGUUCCACUCAUUUGAGGCUUCCAAAAAAGUUGGCAGAAGCUAUCAAAUGUCUUCAUUUGUGGAGACGAAGGGUUUGGAGCAGCUUACAAAGUCCCCAGUAGAGUUUGUCGAGUACAAUAAGCUUCAGCUAAGCCGAAUAUACCCGAAAGGCACGCGAGUGGACUCGUCAAACUACAUGCCACAGGUAUUCUGGAACGCAGGAUGUCAGUUAGUGGCACUGAACUUCCAGACCAUAGACCUUCCUAUGCAGCUAAACUUGGGGAUGUACGAGUACAAUGGCAAAAGUGGAUACAGGCUCAAGCCGGAGUUUAUGAGAAGGCCAGACAAGCACUUUGACCCCUUCACCGAGAACACUGUCGAUGGCAUAGUAGCAAAUACUUUGUCUGUGAAGAUCAUAUCUGGACAGUUCCUGUCAGAUAAGAAAGUUGGGACGUAUGUGGAAAUAGAAAUGUUUGGGCUUCCUGUCGACACGAGAAGGAAAGCGUUCAGAACGAAGACAUCGCAGGGCAACGCGGUGAACCCUGUGUGGGAGGAGGAGGCCAUCACAUUUAAGAAGGUUGUCUUGCCCACUCUGGCAUCCUUGAGAAUAGCAGUGUUUGAGGAAGGAGGGAAGUUCAUUGGCCACCGAAUCAUUCCUGUGUCUGCCAUCCGGCCAGGUUAUCGCUAUAUCGGCCUCAGGAACGAGAAGAACCAGGCAUUAACUUUGCCAGCGCUUUUUGUCUACGUUGAAGUCAAGGAUUAUGUACCGGAUACCUUUGCAGACGUGAUUGAGGCGCUGUCCAAUCCCAUCAGAUAUGUGAACCUAAUGGAGCAAAGAGCCAAGCAGCUGGCUGCCCUCACGCUAGAGGAGGAGGAGGAGGUCGACUGCAAAGAGGUAGAGCCUGUGGACACAUCGUGUGACCCCAUAAGUGAGCCCAGCCCAAAUCCAGCAGAGAAUGGGGUGGGUCAUGCACCUACCCUUGUUUCCAAGGUCACUACCCAACUGAGUCACCAGCCCCAACCCAAAGGUUCUGUGAAAACUGAAGAUAUCAUACAGAGUGUCCUGACAGAGGUGGCGGCUCAAACCGUAGAGGAGCUGAAGCAACAGAAAGCCUUUGUGAAAGAGCAAAGGAAACAGUACAAGGAGAUGAAGGAGCUGAUGAAGAAACACAACAAGAAAACCACAGAUAUGAUUAAAGAGCACAGCGCCAGGUACAACGAGUUCCACAAUGAUUAUUUGAGAAGAAGGGCCAUCUUGCAAAAAUCCGUAAAAAGAGAUGGUAAGAAAAGGAGCACGCUGUCCAGCCCUGACCAUGCCCUCUCCUCCCUGGAGCAGGAGCUCCAUGACCUGGACCAGGAGGGCAACCAGAAGCUCUCCGAGCUGAAGGAGCAGCAGCAGCAGGAGCUCCUCAACCUGCGCCAGGAGCAAUACUACAGCGAGAAGUACCAGAAGAAGGAACACAUCAAGCAGCUUGUGGAGAAGCUGAGCGCAGUGGCUGAGGAAUGCCAGAACAUGCAGCUGAAGAAACUGAAAGACUUGUGUGAAAAGGAGAAAAAAGACCUGAAAAAGAAAAUGGACAAGAAAAGACAGGAGAAGAUCAAUGAAGCCAAGUAUAAAGAGAAAAGCUUAACGGAAGAGGAGAAAGUAGAAAUCAACAGGUCCUAUAUUAAUGAAGUGGUCCAGUAUAUCAAACGGUUAGAAGAUGCUCAAAGCAAAAGACAAGAAAAGCUACAAGAGAAGCACAAAGAAAUUAGGCAGCAAAUCCUGGAUGAAAAACCAAAGCUACAAAGCGAGCUGGACCAGGAGUACCAGGACAAAUUCCGACGGCUCCCAGUGGAGAUUCAGGAGUUUGUUCAGGACACGACUAAAGAGAAGGUCAGGAUGGAGGAUGAGGACCAUAGUACCCUUUGCUCCCUCCCUGCUUCGGAGAAAAUGAACCAUAAGACCAUUCAGGCCGAGGAUGUCGUUGCAGCGGAGAACUCUGAGAAAACAUUUGACACGCCUCUCUAGAUGAAUCUUCUGCGCUUUGAGCUACUGUUUAUUUUAAUAUCUUAAUUUUCUCAUUUUCCUUGUUUUUUAUUAAUUUUCCUGUUGGUUCUUGCUGCACAUGCGCUUCGGAGAGUGAAAACACAACAUCGGACUUACCGGAUGCUGAUUGCUGGAGAAAGAUUGAUUUACUUGAAUAACUUCAUGUAUGCUGUCCUAGUUUUUACGAGUGAAAGUACAGUGAUUUGGUCCAGUGUUGGAUUGUAACAUAUAUUUCAUUUUAGUUUAUCCUGAAAGUUUUGAUGUACAAUGAAUGAAAAUGGAAUAAUAAUAAAAAGAAGAAUGCUGACAGUGGUAAUAUUAAAAAAGAACGAUAUCGAGAAAAAUAAAUUUCUACAGCUGAAAUGUCAAAGACUACUACCAUAACUGUCAAUACGAAUAAUCACAGAGACAGACAGAAUAUUUGUUGUUGAAUAGACUGAAUUCUCGUUGAGUAUUGUAAAGGUUUUCUCUGCUCGUAAACGUCACAGGUAAAGUUCAUUCGGGCUCCAGUCCAUUCAGUUCAUGUAAUGUUAAGUCUUUUUUUUGUACUGUCUGCAGAAGAGCUGAAAAAAUGCAGAUACACUGUAUAUUCGCACUGAAAUAUUGUAACUAUUCUCUGCAAGCACUGGUGGCUUGCGUGAUCUUCUUUUCCAUUCGUCCAGUAGGAAUAGAUAUGAGUUGCUGCUGUUACUAUAUUUUGCUUUGUAUUAUAUUUACUGAAGAGUACAUAUUUUGUAGUUCUUUUCAUAUUUUAAGAUAUUUCACACAUGACUUUAUUUUAAAGUAGUGGCCAUGCUGGUUUCCAGUGAAACAAAAUAGUAAUGUGAGUACUCAAAAACAGUUUCAGGGAUGCAUGGCUGUACGAUAUGCUUCAUUUGCAUGUUAAUGUACACACAUGUAAAUGGUAACUUGGUAGUGAGAAGCAUUAUGUGUUUCCGUAGCUGUAAACUGGCAUGUCUUUGGGAGUGUAAAAAAAGGAAGCGAUAUGGAAAUAGACAGACAUCCACUUAAAAUGAACAAUUUGCAUUGUAGAUAAAUGUGUAACAAAAUUAUUUCAGCCUUUAACAGCUGUACUCAAAGUAUGCUCAUCCUCUCCGCAGUAAGGCAAACACCUCGUCCUGCUUCACGUAAUAACGUAGUGCUUUCGUGGUUAAAUAACCAUGCUGCUAAGUGGGAUACAAAGCUCUGUACUCAUGGCAGCGACAUCAAGGUUACCGCUGCCUUUGUGCUUCCUGCUUUGUGGCAGGCGGAGAUUUACCACGGAAUUCGCUAAACAUUUUACAAUUAAUAUUGCACAUUUUCUUGUCUAUGCGCUUGUUUCUCACAAAAAGCCAACAAAGGCGAAAGUGGAGAAAGACUUGAAUAAAGGCCAUUUUGUUUUCCUAAAAACAGAUGGUGACUUAAAAUCAUAUGCAUACGUGCAACACACCACCACUGUACUUUACAUACUGUACACUUUCUGAUCCAACCACCAUGUUUUUAUUACCAAAAUAAAUUGGAAUUAUUGCAUUUCUUAUAUGGUUUAAAAGCAUCACUUUGGCUUCAUUUUACUUUUACUUUGAAUUUCCCACAAGCCCUGAGAGUUACACAGCGCUGCUUCUUCUCGUUUCAUUCUGUGCCACCAAGGUGUGCAGGUCUGCUUCUGUUUUUCGCUUGUUCUUGAACAGAGAUGUCUUUGAUAUGGUCUGGAAGUGUUUCUCUCUAAUUGUCCUCCUUUCUGCUCUCCUUUUUCAUAAUGACACAGUUACUGGGGCUGCUCAUGUUUCAGGCCGUUCCGUUUCCCUCUUCCUUCUAAGCGAUGUGUUUGCCCAUUGUUUUUUCGUAACACUGCGACCCGGCUUCAGCUCCCGAUGCCUGACACUCGAAGAGCUGGAAACAGUUUUGUAAUUCAGGAAAAAGAAAUGAUAAAUUAAUAAUCAAAAGAGUAAUUGUAACUGGAAAAAAUCCCAUGGGUCCAAUGGCUCUAUGACAAUUUUUUUAGAAAAGCAUUGCUGUAACUGUUCUAUCAUCUUGCAUUUUCAGUCAGUAUGAAGUUACUCCGUUGUGGUGUAAAAGUCAUUGCUAUUUAGUUUUGUCUUUUCAUGCCUUAGUUCUUCAGACAGCAGAAUGAUGAAUUAAGAGGACAGUAUUGAUCACGUCUUUAUCUUUCUUCCUAUAUUGGGGUAAAGGCAAGGCUUCAUUUUUGUUCCAUUUAGAGCAGUUGUGGAUUUUAGUGGAACUAGAAAUACUCAAUAUAUUACUUUGGUUGACAUUUAUAUGCCUUUGUAAGUGCACAGGAUUAGUUUCUGACAGGAGCAAAGUAUCCGAGUAGUUAAGGACACGGACUUGUUUGUCCCCUUUUUUGGACCACCAGCUUCACAGUGAAAUGCAUGUUUUACUCUUGAAGGCAAGCACAGCUUGGACUAUGUCUUCUAAGUUAUUCUGUUAUGAGUUUGAGUUUCAGAAGAAAAAUUAGUUACCAGAUUUAUCCACACAACUUUGGAAUGCUCUGAACCGUAGCCGUCCAAUGGACCCUGUUUUCCUCUAAGCUCGGCCAAACCCGUCCCCUACCUGCAAAGUUGACGCUUGCAGCUCAGCUCCGAAAAAGUAUAAACUGUGAGUUACACGUUCCAUAAAUGUGUACGCUCUUCAACAUGUACUGCUGGGAAAAAUAAUAAAGUAUUACUGUUGCUCCAGUCUAAACAAUUGCGUCUUAGGAGACAUGUUCUUAAAAGUACUUUUAACAGUUGUUUUUUUUGGCUUUUCACACUCACCGCUAAAGUUUGUUAUUGUCUUUGCAUAUUUUGGAAUGAACGUGAUGGACUAUUUAAAACACAGCAUAAGGUAUAUUUUAAGCCAUGUAUGCCAUUUACGAGCUGAUAGCGCCUCAUAUUGAUUUCUGCAUAAGUAACACCCAUCAUUUAUUGAACAUAUUUUUAAAAGCCCUGAACUGACGUGUGUUUAUUAUUAAUUCUCUUUGCACAGAGAUCUCAAACUCCGCGGUGCGUUAAAUGUAUAAAAGAAAUACUGUUUUAAGUGUUAUCUUUUCCCCUUUAUUUGACAGGUACCGUAGCUAACACUCCGGACAUGGAUCACUAGUGUAAAUAAGGAAAAAUACGAAUACUAGAAAAACGUUUACAUGUUUUUAAAAGGAAGUUCUUUAUGAUGUGUUGUGAAGUCCGGUGCCUUUCGAUGUGCUCGAUUUGUUUAAUGUUGAACGUGUGAAAUGCAGUUUUGUGUCCUGCUACUCUAUUACGCACUAUGAAUCGACUGGCAUUGUAGGGAUGAGCACUCAUGAGCUUCUGUGGACGCUGCUGGCUCUCAUCAUGACACACAUCUGAAGUCGUCACUCCUCAGGAAGGAAGGUGGUUAUAACCAAAGGACCCAGGUUCCACAGCUGUAGUACCUCUGAGUAGGAGAGUUACCCUGGAAUAUGCUUGUAAAUAUUACCCAUCUGUAUAAGUGGAUAAUUGUAGAAAGGCAUCAGCUAAAUAAACUAAAUGUCUGGAUAGCUACAUUUCCCCUGGCUUUUUCACCAGUUGCGUUUUUUACCUGUAAACUCCAGGUGAAUUUAUUUUCUGUCAAAUGGAGUGUUGAAUGCAGCAGAAAACCUGAAUAACCCACAGGCUUCUCAUAGCAUGACUGCUCAACUCUACUGUCAAUGGACUUCAGUCCUGCUUCAGAGUAAGUGGAGGUAAAAGUUUAAACAUUCUUCUGUUGAAAUCACUGUCAUCUUCAUCUGUUACAGCAGAGUGUGUUCCUCGCUGGUGCUCAUCAUCCUUUCUUACAUGUGUCUUCAGAGACAACUGAUUGAAAUUCCCUUUCCUUGGCCUGAAACUGGGCCUGUACAGUCGCAGUACUUUUAACAAACAGAUUAUAGGGACAAAAUAAGCUUCUGGUCCAGUAAAUGUUAAAAAAAAAAAAAAAAACAAGAAGAAGAACUGUUUAGACUCUUUGUGUAUGAUAUGAUAUAUGGAUGGUAACUGAACUUAUGUAUUGGCUUUUGUGACUGUUUUAACAUUGCUGUCCAGCUGGUUUGCUAGCAGGUGAA